ACAACGCUUAGCGUGUUCUCGGACUUGAUAGACGUGGCCACAAAGCUUCGAAUCAGCUUUCUCUGUCUCUCUGAAAUUGUACGGACAAACUUUCUAUCAGAGUCGGUCUGUGAAAACAGGGAGGAAAAUCUGGUCGUUGUUUAUGGUUUUGCUUUGGUUUUCGAUGUGGUUUGGGAUCUCUGGAGAAGGAGGAGGAAUGAGAAAGUGAUUUGGAAUAAAAAAGGAGAGGCAAAGAUGUUGGAGGAUCAGGUGGCGUACCUCUUGCAGAGGUACCUUGGGAAUUACGUCAGGGGACUCAACAAAGAGGCUCUCAAAAUCAGUGUUUGGCGAGGUGAUGUCGAGCUAACAAAUAUGCAGCUCAAGCCGGAAGCACUUAAUGCACUAAAAUUGCCUGUGAAGGUUAAGGCGGGAUUUCUUGGUUCUGUGAAACUUAAGGUUCCAUGGAGCAGGCUUGGCAAAGAUCCAGUUUUAGUUAUUCUUGAUCGCAUUUUUUUAUUGGCUGAACCUGCAACACAAGUUGAGGGAUCUAGUGAGGAUGCUGUCCAAGAAGCUAAGAAAAGCCGAGUGCGGGAAAUGGAAAUGAAGCUGUUGGAGAGGAAGCAGCAAUUAGAGUCAGAAGUGAAUAAAUCAUGGUUGGGUUCCCUGAUCAGCACGGUAAUUGGAAAUUUGAAACUUUCCAUUUCUAAUGUUCACAUCAGAUACGAAGAUUCUGAAAGCAAUCCUGGGCACCCAUUUGCAGCUGGGAUAACCUUGGAGAAACUUUUAGCGGUGACGGUUGAUGAUAAUGGAAAAGAGACUUUUGUUACUGAGGGAGCGCUAGACCGUAUUCAGAAGGCUGUUGAACUCGAUCGGCUUGCACUUUAUCUUGAUUCUGAUAUCGUUCCAUAUCAUGUCAACAAGCCAUGGGAGGAUUUGCUUCCUUCUGAGUGGGUUCAGGUUUUUAGAUUUGGUACUAAAGAUGGCAAACCAGCUGAUGGAUUUAUCAAAAAGCACACCUAUGUUCUUGAACCGGUGUCUGGCAAUGCAAAGUACUCAAAGCUACAGUUGAAUGAAUUUUCUGAAAGUGGUCAACCUUUGCAAAAAGCAGCUGUGAAUUUGGAUGAUGUGACUCUAUGUUUGUCAAAGGAUGGAUACAGGGACAUUUUAAAAUUAGCUGAUAAUUUUGCUGCUUUUAAUCAACGCUUAAAAUAUGCUCAUUAUCGGCCACAUGUGUCUGUGAAAUCUGAUCCUCGAUUGUGGUGGAAGUAUGCUUACAGAGCUGUUUCUGAUCAAAUGAAGAAGGCCAGUGGAAAAUUGUCAUGGGAGCAAGUUCUGAGAUAUGCAAGUAUACGUAAAAAAUAUAUCUCUCUAUAUGCUUCACUGCUUAAAUCUGACCCCAGUCGGGCUGUAGUUGAUGAUAACAAUGACAUUGAGGAACUAGAUCGUGGACUUGAUAUUGAACUCAUACUUCAGUGGAGGAUGUUGGCCCACAAGUUUGUGGAGCAAUCAUUAGAAUCAGACCAGUAUUUGAGGAAACAGAAGUCGAAGAGAUCCUGGUGGUCAUUUGGAUGGAAUAGUCAAUCUGCUAAAGAUGAAAGUGAGCCAUUUAAUUUCAGUGAGGAAGAUUGGGAACAGUUAAAUAAAAUCAUUGGGUAUAGGGAAGGUGAUGAUAGGCAGUCAGUUAUAGUGAGUGACAAAGUGGAUGUUCUUCAUACUUCCUUGAACAUUCACAUGAAACAUAAUGCUUCUAAGCUUCUUGAUGAGUCCAUGGAGAGCCUUGCUGAAUUGUCAUGUGAAGGCCUUGAUUGCUCCAUAAAGCUUUAUCCUGAGACCAAAGUUUUUGAUGUGAAAUUGGGUUCUUAUAAGCUAUCAUCACCAAAUGGUCUCCUUGCGGAGAGUGCAACCACUUAUGAUUCAUUAGUUGGGAUUUUCUGCUACAAGCCUUUUGAUACUAAAGUAGAUUGGAGCAUGGUUGCUAAAGCUUCUCCCUGUUACAUGACUUACAUGAAGGACACUGUUGAUCAAAUCAUCAACUUUUUUCAAAGUAAUACUGCUUUUAGUCAGACUAUAGCAUUGGAAACUGCAGCUGCUGUUCAGAUGACAAUUGAUGAAGUCAAGCGCACUGCUCAGCAACAAGUGAACAAAGCAUUAAAGGAACAGUCCAGGUUUUUGUUGGACUUUGAUAUUGCUGCCCCAAAGAUUACGGUUCCUACAGAUUUCAGUCCUGAUAAUAAACAUUCAACGAAACUUAUGCUUGACUUGGGCAAUUUGGUGAUUAAUACAAAGGAUGAGCUUGAAAGCAGAUCAUCUCAAGAGCUGGACAUGUAUUUGCAGUUUAAUUUGAUUUUGAGUGAUGUUUCUGCGUUUCUUGUUGAUGGUGACUACAGCUGGAGUCAAGUUCCUUGGAAUAAGUCUUCUGGUCCUGCCAACUUAAAUGCUGUUAGUUUCUUGCCUGUUAUUGAGAAUUGUGGCGUAAUUGUCAAGCUUCAACAGAUUCGAUUGGAGAGUCCAUCCCAUCCUUCAACAAGACUUGCUGUACGGCUGCCAUCUUUGAAGUUUCACUUUUCUCCAGCACGAUAUCAUCGGUUUAUGCAAAUAGCAAAGAUCUUUCAGGGAGAGAGUGAUGAAAGUUCAGAUUUACUUCGCCCUUGGAGUUAUGCUGACUUUGAAGGAUGGUUGUCUCUUCUUAAUUGGAAGGGUGUUGGAAGUAGGGAAGCGGUAUGGCAGCAGCGAUACCUUUUCUUAGUUGGGCCUUUUCUUUAUGUACUGGAAAGCCCUGGUUCUAAAUCAUACAAGCAGUGUAUCAGCUUACGAGGAAAGCAGAUCUUUCGAGUUGUGCCAGAACUUGUUGGUGGUGCAGACCAUGUAUUAGCUGUUUGUGAUAGUGUGCGAUCGAAUAACAAGGUUGUGGAGGAUGUUAAUGCACUAAUAUUACAGUGUGAUUCUGAUGAAUCAAGGAAAACUUGGCAGAGCCGCUUGCAAGGGGCUAUCUAUCGUGCAUCGGGUUCUGCACCUAUAACCAGCCUAUCUGAAACUUCAUCAGAUGCUGAGGAUUCAGAGAUAGAACAAAAUGACAAUGACGAAAUUGUUAAUAUAUUAAAGAUGGAGAGAGUAUUUGUUACUGGUGUUCUUGAUGAACUAAAGAUCUGCUUCAGUUAUAGUUGUCAGCAUAACAACAGCUUCAUGGAGGUGCUUCUAACUGAAGAGAAACGUUUAUUUGAAUUUCGAGCUAUUGGUGGUCAGGUUGAGGUAUCAGUAAGGGCAAAUGACAUGUUCAUUGGAACUGUCUUAAAAUCUUUGGAGAUUGAGGACUUAGUUUCUGGCUGUAGUGGAUCUCAGCCGUGUUUUGUUGCUAGAUCUUUCAUCCAUAAUGCAGAUACAUAUUCAACCUUUGAUGAUGCUAGGAGUCUGAGUUUCGAGAAUGAUGAUAUACCUAUGGUUGAAGGAGAUGAUAAGUUCUAUGAGGCACCAGAGAACUUGGUUGACUCUGCUGAUUUUUCAUCACAGUCACCCCAAAGUCUAUCAGGUCACCUUAGUCACCAAGAUUCUCUCAGAUAUGAGAAUCUAACAUUGAAGCCCCCAAGUUUUACCCGUAUUACUGGUUUACUCCCUGGUGAUACCCUUCCAACAAGCAAGGAGGAUAUCAAACAAACUGAUACAUUGGAUAGUUUUGUAAAAGCUCAAAUAGUCAUCUAUGACCAAAAUUCUCCUCUAUAUACUAACAUAGAUAAGCAGAUCACGGUGACCUUGGCUACUUUGUCAUUUUUCUGUCGUAGACGGAUGAUUGUUGCCAUAAUGGAAUUUGUUAAUGCCAUUAACAUUGAGGAUGAAAGUUGUGAGUCUUUCAGUGACAGCUCUUCUGCAGCCCUUAUGAGAAAUAACAGCUCCAGAGGAAAUGCUGUUGACGACCAACUGUCAACAACCACCCAGGAGGCUGUUAUCAAAGGUUUGCUAGGAAAGGGAAAGUCCAGAAUUGUAUUCAAUGUCACGCUGAAUAUGGCCCUUGCCCAGAUUUUAUUAAUGAACGAUGAUGAAACUAAACUAGCUUGUUUGUCACAAGAUAAUUUGCUCACAGAUAUCAAGGUGUUCCCAUCCUCUUUUAGCAUUAAGGCUGCCCUAGGAAAUCUUAGAAUUAGUGAUGAAAGCCUUCCCAGCAGCCACAUGUACUUUUGGGCUUGUGAUAUGAGAAAUCCUGGGGGCAGUUCAUUUGUUGAGUUGGUUUUUACUUCAUUCAGUGCUGAUGAUGAAGAUUAUGAAGGCUAUGAGUACAGCCUUUUUGGGCAGCUUUCUGAAGUGCGAAUUGUGUAUUUAAAUCGGUUUGUUCAGGAGGUUGUUAGCUAUUUUGUGGGUCUUGUUCCUAACAAUUCAAAAGGUGUCAUUCGAUUAAAAGAUCAAGUAACAAAUUCAGAGAAGUUGUUCACCACAAGUGAAAUUGAAGGAUCCCCUGCUGUAAAGCUGGAUGUUUCUCUUAGAAAGCCUAUUAUAUUAAUGCCUCGAAGAACUGACACCAUUGACUACUUGAAGCUUGACGUUGUUCAUAUAACCAUCCAAAACACUUUCCAGUGGUGUUAUGGAAGUAAAAGUGAAAUUAAUGCUGUGCAUUUGGAUGUGUUAACAGUUCAGGUAGAGGACAUCCAUCUAAAUGUUGGAUUUGGAACAGAACUUGGUGAAAGUAUAAUUCAAGAUGUGAAAGGGAUUUCUAUUGUGAUUCGGAGGUCACUACGAGACUUGUUUCAUCAAAUACCAGAUAUUGAAGUCGCAAUCAAGAUAGGGGAAUUGAAAGCAUAUCUCUCAAACAAGGAAUACCAGAUAAUUACUGAAUGUGCAGUGUCUAAUGUCUCGGAGACUCCACAUGUCAUUCCUCCGUUGAAUCAUGAUACUAUCAAAUCAUCUUCUGAUGUGGUAGAAAUCAUUCAUCAGGAUCAAGGUGGCCCUGAAUCUCAAAAUGCAAACGGAGAGAUCUGGAUUGUGAUGAAAGUCUCUGUAGUCAUUAGCUUGAUUGAGUUAUGCUUGCAUACAGCAGUGGCAAGUGAUACAUCUCUAGCAACGGUUCAGGUUAGUGAUGCAUGGCUGCUUUACAAAUCCAAUUCACUAGGAGAAGGCUUUCUUUCUGCGACACUAAAGGGUUUCACUGUAUGUGAUGAUCGGGAAGGAAUUGCACCAGAAUUUAGGUUGGCAAUUGGAAAGCCUGAGAACAUCGGUUCUAUUCCUCUGCAUUCUUUGGCUCAUAAUGAUGAGUCCCAGGACAAGGUUGAUCUUAUUACAAGAGAUGAUGAUGCUAAACUAGUUCCAACCAUGCUCAUUGUUGAUGCAAAAUUUAGUCAGCUUUCAACAUUUAUUUCUUUAUGCAUUCAAAGGCCACAACUACUCGUCGCACUUGAUUUUCUACUGGCUGUAGUUGAGUUUUUUGUACCAACGAUUGGAAAUGUAUUGUCCAAUAGAGAAGACAUGAGCUCUUUCCCUGUUAUGGAUGCAAUGGUUCUAAAUGAGUCAAUUUACAAGCAACCAUCUGCAGAAGUCUCUCUCUCUCCUCAAAGACCUUUAAUCGUUGAUGAUGAAAGAUAUCACCAUUAUGUGUAUGAUGGUGAUGGUGGAGUACUGUAUCUAAGAGAUAGGCAAGGAUUCAAUCUUACAGCAGCAAGCACAGAGGCUUUUAUAUACGUGGGCAAUGGGAAAAAGUUGCAAUUCAAAAAUGUUAUUAUCAAGAAUGGAGUGCAUCUGGAUUCAUGUAUUUCUCUGGGAGCCAACAGUAGUUACUCUGCUUCGAAGGAGGAUCAGGUCUUCUUGGAGGGUGGGGAUGAAGGUCCUGAUUUAAACUCUGCAAGAGAAAGUGUUAGUGAUCUGGCAUCUCCUAGUGUUGCAGUUGAGAGACCCACAGAGUAUAUUAUUGAGUUGCAGGCUAUAGGCCCAGAGCUGACAUUCUAUAAUACAUCAAAAGAUGUUGGAGAGUCUCUUAUCCUUUCUAACCAACUCUUGCAUGCGGAGUUGGAUGCAUUCUGCAGGCUUGUCUUAAAGGGUGAAACCGUUGAGAUGAAUGCAAAUGUACUUGGUUUAACCAUGGAGAGUAAUGGAAUCAGGAUUUUGGAGCCUUUUGACACCUCUAUAAACUAUUCAAAAGCUUCUGGAAAGACCAAUAUUCAUUUGUCUGUUUCAGAUAUAUUCAUGAAUUUUUCAUUUAGCAUUUUAAGACUGUUUUUAGCAGUUGAAGAGGAUAUUUUAGCAUUUUUAAGGACGACAUCAAGGAAAAUGACAAUUGUCUGCUCCCAGUUUGACAAAAUUGGAACAAUAAAAGAUCCCUGUAGUGACCAAGUAUAUGCCUUUUGGAGACCUCAUGCACCUCCUGGUUUUGCGGUUCUCGGUGACUAUUUGACACCAUUGGACAAGCCCCCUACAAAAGGUGUUCUUGUCGUGAAUACCAAUUUUGCAAGAGUCAAGAGACCAAUAUCUUUCAAACUUAUCUGGCCAGUACUGCACUCUGGGAACAUUCCUGAUCAUGAUUUAAACAACACUGGCACAUUGUCAAAUGAUGCCUUUUGUGAAGGAGAUGGCUGUUCAAUUUGGUUCCCUGAAGCACCCAAAGGUUAUGUUGCAUUAGGCUGUGUGGUUUCAUCAGGCAGAGCUCAACCACCACUGGCUUCAGCUUUCUGUAUCUCGGCUUCAUUAGUUUGUUCGUGUUCCUUGAGGGAUUGCAUCACAAUCAACACAACCAUUUCAUGCAUGCCAAGUGUAGCAUUCUGGCGUGUGGAUAAUUCAGUUGGCACUUUCUUGCCUGCAGAUCCCACUACUUAUCACUUAAUGGGUAGAGCAUAUGAUUUUCGUCACAUGGUAUUUGGGUUUCGGGGAGUCUCUUCAAAUACAUUUAGCACUUCAAAUAUUCAAGCUUCUCAGUCUGGUAACAGUCACAACCUGCAAUCAGAUAGAUCAACAGCUGUGAACUCUGGCUGGCGUUUUGAAGCAGUUGCUAGUUUUCGAUUAAUCUGGUGGAAUCAAGGCUCAAACUCUAGGAAAAAGCUGUCCAUUUGGCGUCCUGUGAUUCCUCAGGGAAUGAUAUAUUUUGGUGAUAUUGCGGUCAAAGGGUAUGAACCCCCCAAUAGCUCCAUUGUUCUUCAUGAUACUGGGGAUGAAGGGCUUUUUAAAGCUCCUUUGGAUUUCCAGCUUGUUGGGCAAAUUAAGAAACAGAAGGGAAUGGAGAACAUUUCUUUCUGGCUUCCUCAAGCUCCCCCAGGCUUUGUAUCCUUGGGCUGUAUUGCAUGUAAGGGGAGUCCAAAGCAAAAUGAUUUUAGCACAUUAAGAUGCAUGCGGAGUGAUAUGGUCACUGGGGAUCAGUUUCUGGAGGAAAGUGUCUGGGAUUCGUCUGAUUCCAGGCUUAUGACUGGGCCAUUUAGUAUAUGGACAGUUGGAAAUGAGUUAGGGACCUUUAUUGUCCGCAGUGGCUUCAAAAAGCCUCCGAGAAGAUUUGCUCUAAAGCUUGCUGAUUCAAAUGUACCGAGUGGUUCAGAUGAUACUGUCGUUGAUGCAGAAAUUGGGACCUUUUCUGCUGCACUUUUUGAUGACUAUGGUGGCUUGAUGGUUCCAUUGUUCAACAUUUCUCUAAGUGGAAUUGGUUUCCGUUUGCAUGGAAGAACUGACUACGUGAAUUCUACUGUCAGCUUUUCUUUGGCUGCUAGAUCAUACAAUGAUAAAUAUGAAUCUUGGGAGCCCCUUGUAGAGCCAAUGGAUGGAUUUUUAAGGUACCAAUAUGAUAUCAAUGCUCCUGGUGCAGCUUCUCAGUUACGUCUGACCUCUACAAGGGAUCUAAACUUAAAUGUGUCUGUUUCUAAUGCUAAUAUGAUAAUUCAAGCUUAUGCAAGCUGGAAUAAUCUGAGUCAUGUCCGUGGAUAUACUGAAAAGAGUAAUUUUAAUGUCAGACAAGAAGCAUUUUCUGCAACUUAUGGUGGAAGAUCUAUCAUGGACAUUCAUCACAAGGGAAACUACUAUAUCAUCCCACAGAACAAACUUGGCCAGGAUAUUUUUAUUAGAGCUACCGAAUUAAGAGGACUCACAAAUAUAAUUAGGAUGCCAUCUGGGGAUAUGAAGCCCAUAAAAGUUCCUGUUUCAAAGAAUAUGUUGGACUCACACUUGAAAGGAAAGCUUUGUACAAAAGUUAAAAUGAUGGUGACUGUCAUUAUCGCUGAUGCCGAGUUCCUGAGAGUUGGAGGUUUAACUUCUCCCCAAUAUACUGUAGCAAUACGUCUGACUCAUGAUCAAAGUUUCGGUAGUGAGUCACUGCAUUAUCAACAAAGUGCACGCACUUGUGGGAGCAGCUCAGAUUCCUUUUCUUCUGAGGUUGAAUUGGUCACUUGGAAUGAAGUAUUUUUCUUUAAAGUUGAUUCCCCGGAUCACUAUUUGUUGGAAUUGAUUGUGACGGACCUGGGAAAAGGUGUACCUGUGGGGUUCUUUUCUGCUGCAUUAACUCAGAUAGCAGGAAACAUUGAUGAGAAUACAUAUCCAUAUGAAAGUUUGAAUAAAUGGACUUGGCUAGAAUUAUCCCCUGCAGAGUCUAUGAAUAUGAGUCAGGGAAACAAUUGGAAAAGGUCAUGUGGGAGAAUGAGAUGUGCCAUACUCUUGUCACCGAGAUCUGAUGUUCGGAACAAUGAUCAAUCUGCUAUUAGUGAAAGAAAAUCUGGAUUUAUUCAGAUAAGUCCAAGCAGGGAAGGCCCUUGGACGACUGUUAGGCUAAACUAUGCUGCAUCUGCUGCUUGUUGGCGAUUAGGCAAUGAUGUUGUUGCCAGCGAAGUUAGUGUGAAGGAUGGCAACAGAUAUGUAAACAUUAGGUCUCUGGUUUCAGUAUGUAACAAAACAGAUUUCAUACUUGAUUUGUGCCUUGUACCCCAAGUUUCAGGAGAAGACAUAAAGCCAUUGAUUGAUGCAAGUACUCCUGAAGGCUUACCAAUUGAUUGUAAUAGAUUACAUACAGACGAAUAUUUUGAAACUGAAAAGUAUAGCCCAACCAUCGGUUGGGUUGGCUUCAAAGACCAAAACAACUCUGAAAGUGGAGGAUCCCAUCAAGUAAAUUCCGGAGUUGAGUUACCAUCAGGCUGGGAAUGGAUUGAUGAAUGGCAUUUGGAUAUGGAAUCUGUAAACACUGCUGACGGUUGGGUCUAUGCUCCUGAUGUGGAAAAUCUGAAAUGGCCUGAGUCAUAUGAUCCUUUAAGGUUUGUAAACUAUGCAAGGCAAAGGAGAUGGAUCAGGACUAGGAAAUGUAUAUCAGGUGAUUUAAAGAAGGAAAUACAUAUUGGAACUUUGAGACCUGGAGACAUUGAGGCUCUUCCUCUAUUUGGGUCAACACAACUUGGAUCAUAUACAUUGCAUAUUAGGCCUUCCAGUCUUGGUAAUCCUAUUGAAUACUCUUGGAGUUCUGUGGUGGAUAGGCUUGGUCAAUCAGAGGAUUUGAGCAAAGAAAUUGUAACGUCUGAAAUAGCUGUCUCAGCUCUCGCUGAAACUGAGGAACUGUUGUAUUGUAAUGAGAUAACUGGAACUUCUUCAAGCGGUUCACAAAAAUUGUGGUUUUGUGUAAGUGUACAAGCAACAGAGAUUGCAAAAGACAUUCAUUCUGAUCCUAUACAGGAUUGGAAAAUUGUGGUCAAGUCCCCACUAUCUAUCACCAAUUACCUUCCCCUUGCAGCUGAGUUUUCUGUUUUAGAGAUGCAAACAAAUGGUAAUUUUGUUGUCUGCUCCAGAGGCGUAUUUUCUCCUGGAAAGACUCUGAAUGUUUAUAACGCUGACAUAAGAAACCCUCUGUUCUUUUCACUGUUUCCGCAGAGAGGGUGGCUCCCUGUAAAUGAAGCCGUUGUUUUAACUCACCCUCACCAAGUUCCAUCUAAAACAAUAAGUUUGAGAAGUUCAAUAUCUGGAAGGAUUGUUCAAGUCAUUCUUGAACAAAAUUUUGAGAAAGAACGACCUCUGGAGGCUAAGAUCAUUAGAGUUUAUGCUCCUUAUUGGUUUGAUGUUGCUCGAUGCCCCCCACUCACAUAUAGGCUUCUAGAUAUGAUGGGAAAAGGACAUACACGGAAGAUCAGCAUUCCAUUUCAGUCUAAAAAGAACAAUAAACUUAUUCUUGAGGAAAUAACUGAAGAGGAGAUACAUGAAGGCCAUACAAUUGCUUCAGCCUUAAACUUCAAGUUGUUGGGCCUUUCAGUAUCUAUUUCUCAGUCUGGCAAGGAGCAGUUUGGACCUGUUAAAGAUCUUUCGCCCCUUGGUGACAUGGAUGGAUCAUUGGAUCUCUAUGCUUAUAAUGCUGAAGGCAAGUGCAUGCGUCUUUUUAUUACCACAAAGCCAUGCCCCUAUCAAACCGUACCAACAAAGGUGAUCUCUGUCCGACCAUUUAUGACUUUUACAAACAGACUUGGCCAAGACAUAUUUAUAAAGUUAUGUGAUGAAGAUGAACCGAAGGUUCUUCAUGCAUCAGAUUCAAGAGUUUCCUUUGUAUCUCAUGAAGGUAGCGAACCUGAUAAACUCCAGGUUCGUUUAGAAGGAACCAAUUGGUCAUUUCCUGUUCAAAUUGUAAAGGAGGACACCUUUUAUCUUGCUUUAAGGAGGCAUAAUGGUUCUCGGAUUUCAUUGAAGACAGAGAUCAGAGGCUUUGAAGAGGGAUCGCGUUUCAUCAUUGUUUUCCGUGUUGGAUCAACAAAUGGUCCUAUAAGAAUCGAAAAUAGAACAAUUUGCAAGCCAAUCAGCUUUUGCCAGUCUGGUUUUGGUGAAAAUGCAUGGAUUCGCGUAGAACCUCUGUCAACUACAAAUUUUUCUUGGGAGGAUCCAUAUGGCCAAAAAUUUAUAGAUGUUAUCGUUGAUAGUGGAAGUGAAAGUGGUGUUUGGAAGCUCGAUUUGGAAAGAACUGGAUUGUGUUCUGCAGAGAAUGAGGAACUAGGACUGAAAUUCCAUGUUGUAGAAAUGGGUGAUAUCAAGGUUGUUUGGUUCACAGAUGAUAGGACUUCAAGGUCAAAUCAAGAUGAAGAAAUUAGGUGUAUGCUGGUUGCUGGAAACUGGGGUCAUUCUCAUGUGCAGAGUAAGACGCAGAACAAUGCCUCCCCUUUGGAGCUUAUAAUCGAGCUGGGAGUCAUUGGGAUUUCUAUUGUAGAUCAUAGACCAAAGGAAGUCUCGUACUUGUAUUUCGAGAGAGUCUUCGUAUCAUAUUCGACUGGCUAUGAUGGUGGUACAACAAGCAGGUUCAAGCUCAUAUUGGGACAUUUGCAGCUGGACAAUCAACUCCCUCUGACUUUGAUGCCAGUGCUGUUAGCACCUGAGGCAAUCUCAGAUAUUAAUCAUCCAGUUUUCAAAAUGACUAUCACAAUGCGUAAUGAGAAUACUGAUGGCAUCCAGGUUUACCCAUAUGUGUAUAUACGGGUAACUGAGAAAUGCUGGAGACUUAACAUUCAUGAACCAAUAAUUUGGGCUUUGGUGGAUUUCUACAAUACUCUUCAACUGGACCGCAUUCCUAAAAGUUCUAAUGUUACAGAAGUUGAUCCAGAAAUACGUGUUGGCUUGGUAGAUGUUUCAGAAAUAAGGCUGAAGGUUUCAUUGGAGACAGCACCAGCUGAGAGACCUCAUGGGGUUCUAGGUGUUUGGAGCCCUAUUCUAUCAGCCAUUGGAAAUGCAUUCAAGUUUCAGGUGCACCUAAGAAGGGUGAUGCACAGAGACAGAUUCAUGCGGCAAAGUUCUAUUGCUACUGCUAUUGUUAACCGUAUCUGGAGGGAUCUGAUACAUAAUCCUUUACAUUUGAUAUUUUCAGUGGAUGUACUAGGGAUGACAAGUUCAACAUUAGCUUCUCUUAGUAAAGGGUUUGCUGAACUUUCAACUGAUGGACAAUUUCUUCAAUUACGGUCAAAGCAAGUAUGGUCAAGGAGAAUAACUGGGGUGGGUGAUGGAAUAAUCCAAGGAACAGAAGCCCUUGCACAAGGUGUCGCCUUUGGGGUAUCUGGAGUAGUAAAAAAGCCUGUGGAGAGUGCCAGACAGAAUGGUCUAUUAGGACUUGCACAUGGACUUGGACAAGCUUUUUUGGGAUUCAUUGUACAACCAGUUAGUGGAGCUUUAGAUUUCUUCUCACUGACUGUUGAUGGAAUUGGAGCAAGUUGCUCUAAAUGCUUAGAGGCUUUAAGUAGCCAGACCACAUUCCAAAGAGUUAGAAAUCCACGGGCUUUCCAUGCAGAUGGUAUACUUAGGGAGUAUUGUGAGAGAGAAGCUCUUGGACAGAUGGUACUUCACCUUGCGGAGGCAAGUAGGCAUUUUGGCUGUACUGAAAUAUUCAAAGAGCCCUCAAAAUAUGCAUGGUCUGAUUAUUAUGAACAACAUUUUGUCAUGCCUAGCAAAAGGAUUGCUUUGGUGACAAAUAAGCGAGUCAUGCUGCUGCAGUGCCCGGAUCCAGACAAGAUGGAUAAGAAACCUUGCAAAAUUAUGUGGGACGUACCUUGGGAAGAACUCAUGGCUGUGGAAUUAACUAAAGCAGGGCACAAUCGACCAUCUCACUUGAUCCUUCAUCUGAAAAACUUUAGGAGAUCAGAAAGUUUUGUACGAGUUAUAAAGGGCAGUCCUGAAGAAGAGAUAGAGGGAAGAGUACCCCAAGCUGUUAGGAUUUGUUCAAUAAUCAAUAAGAUGUGGAAAGCCUACCAGUCUGACAUGAAAUGCCUAAUUUUGAAGGUUCCAUCAAGCCAGAGACAUGUGUACUUUGCUUGGAGUGAAGGUGAUGGUAGAGAACCGCGAACAAUAAAAAAGGCCAUUGUUCAGUCAAGAGAGAUUUCAUCAUACAGUUCUGCAUCUAAUGAAAGGAGAUUCGUCAAACACACUAUCAACUUCUCAAAAAUUUGGAGCAGUGAACAAGAAUCAAAAGGUCGAUGCACAUUGUGCAGAAAGCAGGUUUUGGAAGAUGGUGAAAUGUGUAGCAUUUGGAGACCUAUUUGUCCGGAAGGAUAUGUAUCCGUUGGGGAUAUUGCUCGUGUUGGGAGCCAUCCUCCUAAUGUGGCUGCUGUUUACCAUAAUGUUAACAAGUUGUUCGCUCUUCCCAUGGGUUAUGAUCUGGUAUGGCGGAACUGCAUGGAUGACUACACCACUCCAAUAUCAAUUUGGCAUCCAAGGGCACCUGAGGGGUACGUUUCUCCCGGAUGCAUUGCUGUCGCAAGUUUUGAACAGCCGGCACCUGAUGAUGUAUACUGUGUGGCCGAAUCACUGGCUGAGGAAACAGAAUUCGAAGAGCAAAAGGUUUGGUCUGCUCCAGACUCUUAUCCAUGGACAUGUCACAUUUAUCAAAUCAAAAGCGAUGCUCUUCACUUUGUGGCUCUAAGGCAAAGCAAAGAAGAAUCGGACUGGAAACCUAUGAGAGUUCUUGAUGACCCUCAGCCUCUCUUGGAAUCAUUAAAACAUCAGUGAAUUUUUAUGUUGCCGAGAAAGAAGACCCAUUUUCAAUUUGAUUUGGUGAUGAAAAAGAAAAACAAAAAGACCAAUAAUCUUGUACAGCGUAUAGAAAUGUGUCUCUUUUGUCAAAAUCCAGUUUGGAUGUGAAUUCAAUUUCAUCAGAAAAUUUUGGACCUCGCUAUCAGUUUCAGCUAUCAUAGGGUGCAGUAAAUGAAAAUUAUAAGGUUUUGUGUUUGCAAGUUGUGUCCACUGUUAGGAGUCCUUUUUUGUUGUCAGGGAUUCCGUCUUCUAGUGUAAUAUUACAGUGUACAUUUACUGUAUUAUAAUUUUUGAUAAACCUUGUAUAUUCCAUUCUCUUGAGUGGAACAUUGCCAAUUUUUUUUCUCUAUUUUUUAAUAAGAAUGAAAGGUGAAAUUGUAUUGCUUUA